AAUUUCACAAGUAAAGAAAAAAGAAAAAGGAAAAGUGUCGUCUUCUUCUUUAUACGUUGGUUGGCAAGUAUAAAAAUGGCGAUCUGAGUGGCUGAAAAUCGCAAAUCAGAGAUGGAUUGGUUCUCAUGGCUUUCAAAAACAACUCUCCAUCCUUCUUUAGUCUACGAAUAUGGCCUUGCCCUAGCCAACAACGAGCUCGAACACGAAGACAUUCUCUAUUUCAACCACGAGUUUCUUCAGAGCAUCGGAAUCUCCAUUGCCAAGCACCGUCUCGAGAUCCUCAAGCUCGCUCGCAAAGACAACGCUCUCCAUCCUCGUCCAAUCACCCGCCUUCUCCUCGCUCUCAAGAAAACCAAGCGCCGGUUCUCCAAUCUCAUCCGUAAUUUCACUCACCAUCAUCACGAUCAAUUAGACGAUUCUAAAGCCCUAGUUCUUGUUCCUAAAUCAAGCUACGCCGCUAAAUUCCUCAAGCGGAACAAAACAUUCAGCGUCGGUAAACCGCAGGGGAGGUUUCUUCUGACUAAUGGAAGUCCAGAUCCCGGUGUGAUCUGGCCGCGUAUUCAAACCUUUUCCGGUCCGAUUUUGUACGAUUUCCCGGCGGAGGAGAAGAAGAAGGAGAAAGAGGAUGGCGUGGAGGAGAUCAGGUGGGAUGCCAUGUUUCAGGAUUUGAAACCUACUUGAAAUUUAUAUUAUUUGAACAAAUUCUUAUGUGUUAUUCUUAACAAUUUCAGUUCUGGAUUGGGGUAAUUUGAUGGUGAGAGAUAGGUUUUUGUGUUCUUCCACCAAUAGAUGGAAUAGAUUGAUUGAACCUUUUUUUUUUUUUUUUUUUUUUUUUUUUUUUUUUUGAAGUGGUGGGUUAGGAGAAGACAAGCUUUAGGAAGAAGGUCUGAUUCGAAUGAUGAUUGUCUCUCUUUUUUUUUUUUUUUUUUUUUUUUUUUUUUUUUGAAGAUGAAUCCAUUCAUGCUUGCUUUAGUAGAUGUGUUUUUGUAAGAGGGCAUGAGUAGGGAGUGUGGGAUAUUUUGAUUUUGUUUAGAAGAUGAUAAAUCUCUGCCAAACCCAGCUUUUGUUCUUGUGGUUUGAGGUUUCUAAUGUAAUUUUUAUUUCUUUUCUUAUUA